CAAGUAGUUGUAAUAUAGCACGACAUUAUUAUUGAAGUUGUGGCACGGGUCUAAAUGAAUGUUGUCAACAUAUGUGAAUAUAAAGUUCCAGUAAAUAUACUCCGUUGUUACUAUAAAUGGACAGGACGAGAGAGAGAGGGAGAGAGUUCGAACUGGAAGAGGCUACUUCAAACAAAGACAGGGUUGUUGCCCCGCUUGGCCAAUGUAUUAGUAAUGUUAAUGUUCGCGUUACAAAAUUAGUCUGCAGUUUUGGUUUUGUACAAUCUCGAGUAAAAAUUCUCAUCUCGAACGUCAGCUUUAUUGAAUUGCGUCACUGUUGCUGAUAAAAGCAAGUGAUACGUGGGGCUGUGAAAGAUCGCUUCUGCCACCUCCGCGCUGAGCAAUAUGGUAGUGCCCCAAUCGCAGGGUGGGGAGCGGUGUGGAUGCGAGCACAGAUUCCCUGUUACGGGGAAACACUGGGUAAAGGAACGAGAAACGGGCAAGAUAUAUGAUUCGAGAUUGCCCUUGUGAAGGUUUCCACCACGAAGGAUUACAAAAGCUGUUUAUUUAAUACCCAGAAGGGCACAAGGACAAGAAGGCGAGGACAUUCAAGGGAACGAAAGGGGAGCGGAAGCGGAGGAAAGAGGCGCGCCAAGAAAGGCACCCAGGGUAUCUUGACAGCAAACUCAGGAACUUCACCGCAUUUGUUGGACUUGAAGACGAGACUGGAGUUUUGGACUGUGUCAUUCAAAACGCAGUGUUUGUUUGUGAUUACCUCUUCUCGGAGCGAGUUGUGCUUUACUGAACAUCGGAUUGGAAACACAACAGGCGGGCACGUCGCUAGCGUCCUGUGUGGCUCACACGGGAAACGUUCGGCGUUUAACACAAAGUACUGGAUUUGAAACUGUCAUUUUUCUUCUCUGGUUAACUCCCACCUGGCACGUUGUUACCUUGCUAGUGCGGAUAUUCGGUCUAAGGAACUUUUUGUGGAACUACAAGUUGAAGUGGACUGGUUUUGUUUCCUCUAGCUUGUACAACUGCUAGUUGACAGCCAGACCUUCUGGAGAGUGCGUUGGCUUUUCUUUCUUCUCUUGUGGUACUGAGGGGCUUAUUUUACUGGCCGAGGCCUGCCACCCUCCUCUGUAGCCAGGCGAUGAGCUGCUGAGUGACCACAACCCUGAAGACUCCUUGGGGCUUUGUCUGCAUUGCUUCUGUGACAUUGCCAGUGGAUGACGUUGAGUGUCAGGGUUUUAAGCUAAGUGAUAACCUCUCUCUCUACACUGGCCUACACUGACCAGUGCCCAGUCCCCCAUAAAGCGCCUGUAAUUGGACCUAUUUUUAGAAGGAGGGAUGGGGUAAAAGCAGAAAGCUAGAAAUUCAACUCCCCUCCUUCUCUUUUACCCCUUCCACCAGCCCACUUAGCACUAAGCUGGAAAGACUUGUUCCAGAGAAAUUGCAAAUCAUUUGUUUUACAGGACGAUAGAAAAUCAAAAGUUAGAUAAACCUGUUCUUUUGUAUAAUUGGAGUGAGAUUGGUCACAAAAGUUUUGACGGAAAUCUUACAAGCCUGGGAAUACCUGCUGCACUGGAUUUUGUUGUUAAAGGCUGCACUGGACAAGAAAAUCUCAUUUUGGAUUGCAAAUUAAACAUAUCCGAUGAACUGCUUCUUUCCAACUUUGGGUUAAUUCUACCCAGGACAACGUUCAUGCAAUUAUGUCAUUGGGAUCCAUUUUCAGAGUGGAAAUCUUUUAGUAUUCUAUGAUAAUAGGACCUGUUUUCGACUGCCUAAAAUAAAUUACCAGCAAUCUGGAGCAGUUCAAAUUUCCAUCUCAAAGAAACAAGCAAAAGCUACCCUGAAUAACCAAAUAUUACCCAUGUCCCCCAACCACAUAGAAAAGUAUAUAUAUGUAGAAUGAGAUCUCUAUAUCUGUAGUGUAACUAUUUACAUCCUUUAUAUUUUUACCUAAGAUAGACAAGCUGCCUGUUCACCGAUUGGUUGCCUUAGAAACCACAGAAACAAAGGAACAAGCUAGAGAAGACGGUGCCUUUUAAUUUGAUUGGUUGGUUUCCCGCCAUUUCAAGAUUGACUAAGUUGGAUAAACUGUUUGAGUAAACUCUGGGAUUGAAAACACGCCUCAUGAAGGUUACUUAAGACCCCCACAAAGGCUACCCACCUCUGAAAUCAUCUAACGAAUUGGGGUUCCCUUCUGGAUUGACCUUUUGCCAAGCGUUUCCAUGGUGAUCACAUCAUCAUCUGUGGAGGACAAGACUGUGCCCCCUUGCAGAAUGGUCCAAUCACAACCCUGGAUCGCCGCUUCCCUCCACCGUGACAAUAAAAGUGUAAGCAGCUCAGGAUGUCCGCCCACCUCCACCUCCUCCUCCUCCUCCUCCUCCUCCUCCUCUACUGCCCAGGGCUUCUCCCUCGCUGAGCCAGCCAUGACCAGCCAGCACACACAUACACACCCCUCCUUCAGCUCCAUCCACUCCAUGGCCGAACAGCAGCAGGUGCUGUCUGAUAUGACCAUACUCCAGCGGAGGAUCCCCCCUAGUUUCAGAGACCCUGCCAGUGCCCCAUUGCGGAAACUCUCUGUAGACCUCAUCAAAACAUACAAGCACAUCAAUGAGGUGUAUUAUACAAAAAAGAAGCGGCGAGCCCAGCAGGUCCCUCCUGAAGAUAGCAGUACUAAGAAAGAGAGAAAGGUCUACAACGACGGCUAUGAUGACGACAAUUAUGAUUAUAUCGUCAAAAAUGGAGAAAAGUGGCUGGACCGCUAUGAAAUAGACUCAUUGAUUGGGAAAGGCUCCUUUGGACAGGUGGUGAAGGCCUAUGACCACCAUGAGCAGGAAUGGGUCGCCAUCAAGAUCAUCAAGAACAAAAAGGCAUUUCUAAACCAGGCACAGAUUGAACUUCGCCUGUUGGAGCUCAUGAACAAGCAUGAUACCGAGAUGAAAUAUUACAUAGUCCACCUGAAGCGUCACUUUAUGUUUAGGAAUCAUCUUUGUUUGGUGUUUGAGCUGUUGAGCUACAAUCUGUAUGAUCUGUUGAGGAACACCAACUUCAGAGGGGUGUCCCUUAACCUCACUCGGAAAUUUGCACAACAGCUUUGUACAGCAUUAUUAUUCCUGGCCACUCCAGAACUGUCUAUUAUCCACUGCGACCUGAAACCAGAAAACAUCCUGCUGUGUAAUCCCAAGAGAUCUGCCAUCAAGAUAGUCGACUUUGGAUCGUCCUGCCAGCUCGGGCAGAGGAUCUAUCAGUAUAUUCAGAGCAGGUUUUACCGCUCCCCUGAGGUUCUGUUGGGAAUGCCAUAUGACCUGGCAAUUGACAUGUGGUCUCUAGGAUGCAUCUUGGUGGAGAUGCACACAGGAGAACCUCUCUUCAGUGGCUCUAAUGAGGUUGACCAGAUGAACAAAAUUGUUGAAGUGUUGGGGGUCCCUCCUAGCCACAUGUUAGAUGCAGCUCCUAAAGCCAGAAAGUAUUUUGACAAACUGUCAGAUGGGCUAUGGACAGUGAAGAAGAACAAGGAUAUCAAGAAGGAGUACAAGCCCCCGGCCACUCGACGUCUUCAUGAGAUUUUGGGUGUGGAGACGGGAGGUCCAGGGGGGCGGAGAGCAGGGGAACCUGGCCAUGCCCCCUGUGAUUACCUGAAAUUUAAAGACCUGAUUCUGCGCAUGCUGGACUAUGACCCCAAAAGCCGCAUCACGCCAUUCUACGCCCUGCAGCACAACUUCUUCAAGAAGACGACAGAUGAAGGAACGAACACUAGUUCAUCAACAUCCACCUCUCCUGCCAUGGACCACUCCCAUUCGACCUCCACCACGAGCUCGGUUUCUAGCUCUGGUGGCUCCAGUGGUUCCUCCAAUGACAACCGCAACUAUCGCUACAGUAACCGAUAUUACAACUCUGCUGUGACACAUUCAGACUAUGAGAUGACCAGCCCUCAGGCUCCAUCCCAGCAGCAGAUGAGGAUGUGGCCAGGCAGUGAUGGUGGAGGUGGGGGUCAGGACCCAACAUACACCCAGUUGCUGCUCCACAAGCCGGCCGCCUCCCAACAACACCAGCGCCACUUCCUGGACCAGCCCCAUCAUCCCCACCCGACCUACUCCCACCACGGGAACGGCGGGCGUGGCCUGCGACAAGGCGGACAGACGGGCAUUGGCGGCGGGGGAGGUCAACAGGGAUCCUCGCCCCAAAUGAGUGACAGCAUGGAUGUGGGCGUGUCCCUAGGGCUGCACCACCUGGGGGCGGUGUCUUCCAUGGAGGCGUCUCAAUUUGGCUCUGCCUCCCUACCACUCGCUCUGCCAAUCGGACUGUCUGCCUUCCGGACUCGGACGGCCCCCACCGCCCCUGGGCCGCAAGCCCCGCCCCCUGAGGACUACUACCCUGCCUCCAACAACAAUAACCCCGCUGCAGGGGGCAGAGGGCGGCCAGACUCAGACGAGGGGCCAGCCAACUCUUGAUAAAACCUGAACCAUGCCCUAAAGCCAUACAAUUUUAACUACAACUACGACAACUACACACAUACAGCGGGAGUUCAAAGACAAAGACAUGAACUUUGUGCUGAAGGAGACAGUCUGUACUGCAUGAGAGGAGGAGGAUGAUGGGAAAACUCUCCUUUUUAUCCUGUUUUUCUUUUUGUCUUUUGUUGCAACUGUCAUCUGAAAAGGAAAGAUUGUGACAAGUUUGUUUUUAUUAAUAUUAUUAUUGUUGUUUAAUAUUAUUUGAUUUUUUUUUCUUCUGUGGUUUGAGGAGUUGUGUGUUCUAUUGGUUGUUUGAGCCUGGAGAGGAGGUGGAGGAGGGUGAAGAGGAGGGCCCUUGUUUUCCUAUUUCACUCCAUUUGGAUGCAGAAAGUGGAAGGAGAGCACACUUUUCAUGUUUACAAAUUGCAGCAUUGGUAUGUUCUCAUUUACGGCACAGACACAGGCAGACACACAUAUGUACCUCCUUUCAACAGGAGAGACGUCGACAUGUGUGAUUCAGGACUCUUAUAUUUUCUCUCCUGUGGGUUAUGUUUUUUGUUUUGUUUUUGAAGGGGGGGGGGGGUUGUCCUCCCUCUGUCACUCUCAGCCCGGUUGUGACAGGUGUUAUAGAGAGGGAGAGAGGCAGGUGGAGGGAAGAGAAGGUGACAGGACACUGAUGCCUUCCUGGCAUUCACAGGGAUCUUCUCCUCAUCCUCUUGUCUUCCUCUCCUCCUGUUGUUUCUUCUCCAGACAGCUCAUCCUCUCUGUGCUGCUAAUCACCAUGACAACUGGUCCGGAUUGCUGCUAAAGAUCCAACACAGAUCAAUAAAGAA